AUGGGCACAGCACAAGUCCAUCCCUCCCUCGCCAGACGGAAACAGCAGAAACCAUGGAUCGAAACGCCGUUGGUUGAGUCGUCCGUUCUGUCCAAAGCAGCGGGAUGUCGAGUAUUCCUCAAACUCGAGAACCUGCAACCAGGCGGCUCAUUUAAAUCAAGAGCUAUGGGAAACCUCAUCUUGUACCACAUCAACAGCCCGCUCAACGCCGGCCGCAAGCUGCACUUCUACAUCAACUCUGGUGGCAACGCAGGGCUGGCGGCCGUCUGCGCCGCUCGCUCGCUCGCAUACCCCUGCACCGUCGUGCUGCCCAUGACCGCCUCGCGACUGAUCAUCGAGAAACUCACGGCGGCCGGCGCCACGCAGGUCAUCCAGCACGGCCAGACGAUCGCCGAGGCCGGCGUGUACAUGAAAAACGCGGUCAUGAAGGAGCACACGCCGGGGGCAGAAGAUGUGGUGAAGAUUGCCCUGCAUCCGUUUGAUCACGAGGCUAUUUGGGAGGGAAAUAGCUCGAUUGUCGACGAGUUGGCGUGGCAGUUACCACCGGCAGACGAGGAGGGCGCGUUCGGGGCUGAUGUGCUGGUGUGUAGUGUUGGGGGAGGAGGUUUAAUGAAUGGGCUGAUUCAGGGGAUUGGGCGGCAGCAGCAGCAAGAUGCUGACAGGCCUGCAAAAGAUGUGCAUAUUCUCGCCGUCGAGACGGACGGAACGCAGUCGAUGGCUCUGGCGAUGGCGCAGAAAUCCCUAGUCACGCUGCCCAAGGUCACAUCCAUGGCGGUCUCGCUAGCGUGUGUUCGGGUCUCCGAGCAGACUUUCGAGUACUGCAUCGCGCCGCCCCCAGGGAUCGUCAUUCACAGCGCGGUUCUCUCGGAUGCAGAUGCCGCGCGUGGAUGUCUGCGGAUUGCCGACGAUGAGCGGAUAUUGGUUGAGCUUGCGUGUGGGGUGUGUAUUGAGGCGGUUAUUGGCGAUAAAUUCAAAAGUCAGAGGCAGAAGCAGAGGCAAAACCGGCAGAGGAAGAAGAUGAUCGGAGUGGGUGAUGAAGGAUAUGGUGAUGAGCAGGAGAGUGGUGCUGUUGACAGUGCUAUUGGGUCUGAUGUAGAGAAUGAGGCUGGUGCUUCGCUAGACUCACUGCCGCUAUCACAUCUCAAGCAGCUCGUCCCUAAUCUAACACCGGAGAGCCGCGUCGUUAUCAUCGUCUGUGGAGGCAGUAAUGUCACGACAGGAUUGGUAUCGGAGUGGAGGGAGAAGCUGGCUGAUGGGUGGGUUUGA